AUGAAUCUUUCUUCUGUAAAUGGCACUUCAGCUGUUAUUGGGAUUCAGCGGGACACCUUCACCACAGCUGUGACCAAGAAUGUGAUCGUCACCGCCCUCUGCAUCUCCAUUAACUACAUCAAUGGUACUCUGGUCCACACAUUCAGAAAGCACCAGAUCUUCAGUUCAAACCCUCGUUACAUUCUCUUCAUCCACCUGGUGAUGAAUGACAUGACGCAGCUGCUCCUGUCAACUCUUCUCCACAUCAUCAGCUACGCCCUUCACACAAUCAACGCAUCCUUCUGCCUCAUCCUGCUCACCAUCACCAUCCUCACCACCCUCAACACCCCGCUCAAUCUGGCUGGCAUGGCGGUCGAGUGCUACAUCGCCAUCUGCAUCCCCCUCCGUCACGCACAGAUCUGUACCAUAAAGAAAACCUACAUCCUGAUUGGUCUGAUCUGGGUUGUGAGUGCGUGCUCUAUCCUCCCAGAUGUCUUCACCCUCCUGGCCACAGAGCCGCUGCAGUUCUUUCACUCUAAUUUGUUUUGUGCCAGAGAUUUCGUGUUCAGAAGCUCUUACAGCCUGAAGAAGAGGGAUGCUUCACACAUCGUUUGUCUUGCUCUGGUCUGGGUCACUCUCUUCUACACUUACUUCAGGAUUCUGUUCACUGCCAAGGAAGCAAGUGCAGACCUUAAAAAAGCCAGGAACACUAUUCUCCUCCAUGGCUUCCAGUUGCUGUUAUGUAUGCUUACUUACGUGAGACCCAUGUUUGAACAGGGCCUGCUCUACUUAUUGCCCACAGAGCACCUGGCCGUACACUUUGCCUUAUAUGUCAUUGUCCAGAUCCUACCACGGUUUGUUAGUCCGAUAGUCUACGGACUGCGGGACCAGACCUUCAGGAGAUACAUGAAAAGGUACCUGCUUUGUAAAGCGAGCACAAGCAUCCACCUGGAAAAUGACACCGUGUCACACAUAAAGCCCACAAUGAAACUGCACUGA